AUGGACUCAACCAACUCGCAGCCACCAGCCCAGGCCACCAAUACCACGGUGGUCACCACGACAAAGACAAAGACAACCACAACAACAGUCACUACAGUCACGACCACGACGCCUCAGGGCACAACCGUCUUCACACCCUUCCGCUUCCUCGAUUUGCCUGUCGAACUCAAAGUCAUGGUGUACGAAGAGCUGGUGGUUGUUGGCAAGGUCUUCUACACGCCCGACGACUACGCUGUCCAAAACGAGAAGCGUUUCAAGGACUGGAAGUCUUACCGCACUCCGGAAUUGGCCAUACUACGGAUUUGCAAGCAAGUUCACGAUGGAGCUGAGGAAAUAUACCUCAGAAAGAACUUAUUCGUACAUCCGGACUACCUAGCCGUCAGCAGACGUUCCGAUGAAGGCUCGUGCCCGUACGCUUACAACCACUCGGUUUGGGAAGAAGAGGGCGAUUUUGACAGCUCUACUUUCAACGCCCGUCUUAAUCGCGUGCAUGAUGAGGCGAAAUCCAGUAUGACCGAAGACCUGGAUUGUUAUACCGAUGAUCUGUCCGACUACUUCAGAAACGGCGAGAGGCUUCCAUUGAUCCGCCUCAACUAUCUGGAGUUUGAUGUGACGAAUGCAUACUGCCCGAUAGGAUGUUGUCGCAUGGUCAAUCAGUUCUGGGGGUCAUUGAUGAUACUUGGCCCGGACAAAACAUCAUUUUUGGGAGUGAGGGACGCAGAGGAAGAAGGCACUAUUAUGAACUCUGUGCUGGAAGCGUUUUACAAUCUGCCCGAAGAGUUACCCGAAAAAUUCAGGAGGAAGUUUGAAUUGGACGAUGAAGUGGAUGAGGAGGAGAUGAAGAAGGUGUUGGGCGUCGUCUUCAACCCAAGGAAGGCGCACUGGGAGCAAUGGAAGGUGGAUACUAAGUAAGUAGCGGCAGCAUGGAGGACAUGAUUACGCUGAGAGUAUCAACAAAAUUUUACAUUCGCGUUUCUGGCAUGAUGUUAGCAUGGGAACUAGAUCGCGCGUUCGAUGGGGCCCAGAAAAGAGUCAUAUCUAUCACAGCACGACGCA